UUUCUUUCGGUUUUGUUUAUUCAUGGCGUCUUGCUCUGACGAUCGUGGUUUCUACUGAGCCAAGCCAAUAUAUAUAUGGAGCUGUAAUUAUCAAGUGUUAAUAGCAUCUAGUGAUCUCCGUCUCUUUCUGCUUUGAAAUCUACUGUGAUUGAAGAUUCAUCUUCUCUUACAGGCUUAUUGCUCUCGUGAGCCAAGCUAUGGAGCUCUAAUUAUCAGGGGAUGGAUUACACUGGAUUUGCAAUAGGAAAAGCCUCUCUUUGAUAGGUCAAUGAGGAGAUUCUACUGAAGGAACUAGCAAAGAAGAUCAUGGCAAAGCAUAAGCAUCGGAUUAAGGAAUCAAUUCUGUCCUUUUUUGGACAUCAUGUAGAUCCCGACAAGCAUGAACAACUGAAAGAGUAUAAAUUAGAAAUGGAUUCCAAGUUUCAGAAGAUCCUGGAGUCAACUGAGCAUGAUGAGACUGACAGCUCAAAGACUGGGAUUCUUAUUGACCUUGUAAAGGAAUUCCAAGAACAAUACAAUGAGCUAUAUAAGCACUAUGGUCAUCUAACUGAAGAGCUAAAGGCAAAAGCCCACAGUAAAGGAGAGAAUGAGAGUUCUUCAUCAAGUUCAGAUUCAGAAUCUGAUAAAGAUUCUCCUUCAAGGACCAAGGGUUCUAAAAAUGGUAAAGCAGAGAACAAGUAUCAGAAGUUGAUAAAUGACAUUCAACAAGAACGUGAUGCAGCAAAUCUUGAAGUGAGAGCUUUAAAAGAAAGAUUGACUGAUGUUGAGGCAAAAAAGGAGGUCUUACAAUUAGAUUACCAAACGGCAUUCAGCAAAUUACAAGAAUCAGAAACAAUAAUCCAUGAUUUGAGAACUCAAGCUGAAGUAUCAGAUCGUGAGAAGUCAGAGUUCCUGCAACAGAUUAAAGAGCUGAAUCUAAAACUGGAGACUUCAACACAGUUAGAAGCUGAACUAAAUCAGAAGUUGGAAAUUGUGAGCAAGGAGAAAACUGAUCUAAUUGUAGAAAGGGAGAAUGCUAUCAAAAGGAUUGAAGAGGAAGAGAGAACAAUUGAAGAACUAAGUGCCGUAACAAGCAAGAUAAAGGAUGAGAAAGAAGCAUUGCAACUAGAAUUUGAUGGGUCCAGAAAGGAACUAUUUGAAGUCAAUGCGCUUCUUCAAACUUCUAAGCAAGAAGUGGUAAGCCUUGCAGAGGCACAGAAAGCUACAGAAGAACAGAAUAGCUUCUUAUCCACAAAGCUUUUAGAUCUCUCAAACGAGAUCAAGGUGGCACAGGAUAAAAUAGAGGAAAUUGUGACCGAGUCUAGCCUACUAAGGGAGAAAAUCAAAGAAAAUGAAAAGGAACUUGGAGCACACAAGGAGAUGCACGAGACAUAUCAAGCCACCACAUCUGUCCAAACGAGGAGUCUUGAAUUCAAGCUGGAUUCUUUGCAUACAGAGAAACAGGAAAUCACCAAGCAGAGAGAUGACACAGUUUCCGAGCUUCUCAAGAAACUUGAGGAUAUGGAGAAAGACUCACUGUCCAAAACUGAGACCUUAACAGCACAGCUCAAGGAUCUGCAGGUGGAAAUAGAGUCCUUGAACUCUCACAAGAGCAAAUUGGAAGAACAGUUGCAAAAUGAACGGGAUGAAUCAUCAGAAAAGAUCCAGGACUUGGUCAAUCAGAUUAACACAAAGCAACAGGAGCUGGAACAUCAGCAGAAGCAGAUUCUAGAAUUGCAAUCAGAGUUGGGGGUAAAAGUUCAGCAAAUAUCGGAACAUGGUGCUCAGAUAGAAAGCCUGAAAGAGGAGUUAACAACCAAGAGCUCAGAUCAACAAAGAUUGCUCAAAGAGAAUGAGGGUUUUAUAGUGCAAAUAGAGAACUUGCAAUCCGAAGUGGAUAGCCUGCACGGUCAGAAAAUCCAACUGGAAGAGAAGUUUGUAGUAGAAAAUGAGACACUGCAUAGCAGAAUUUUGGAGCUUUCUUCAUCGGAAAAAAGACUUGAGAAUGAAUUGGUUGAAGCUACCGCUCAGAUUUCGACUCUAACAGAAAAGGUUAAUAGUCUCGAAAGGGAGAUUGACAAUUUGUCCGCUCAAAAGGCAGAAAUAGACUCAGUUGUAGAGAAAAAGGCUAAAGAAAUAGCAGAUAAUAUUCUUCAAAUUGACAAUCUGAGACAAGAGCUACUUGAAAAAAGUGAAAUCGAAAAGAAGAAAGAUGACGAGAUUUCCACACUUCUGCAGAGACUCGAAGACACCAAGAAUGAUUGGGCAUCUAAAGUUGAACUCCAAACAACAGAAGUCAACAGUCGGCAGCUAGAGCUGGAGAAAAGAGUCCAAGAAAUAACCGAACACGGUGCUCAUAUAGAAAGCCUGAAAGAGGAGUUAACAACCAAGAGCUCAGAUCAACAGAGAAUGCUCAAAGAGAAUGAGGACCUUUUAGUUCAGAUAAAGAACUUGCAAUCAGAAGUGGACAGCCUACAGGGUCAGAAAAUCCAACUAGAAGAUCAGUUUGCAGUGAAAUGCAACGAGACUAAUCAGUUGCAAGUAGAAAAGGGAACACUGGAGGACAGAAUUCUAGAGCUUUCUUCCUUGCAGAAAAGACUAGAAAAUGAACUGGUUGAAGCUUCCACUCAAAUUUUGACUCUAACAGAAAAGGUUACUAGUUUUGAAAGGGAGACAGACACUUUAUCCACUAAAAAGGCAGAACUAGAUUCAGAUGUUGAGAAAAAGGUUCAAGAAAUAGCAGAGAAUAUUAUUUUAAUCGAGAAUCUGAGACAAGAGCUACAAGAUAAGAUGGAGACUGAAAAGCAGAAAGAUGCUGAGAUUUCCACACACAAGGUAGAGCUUGAAUUAUUGCAGAACCAGAAGACAGAAUUGCAAUUGGAAGUAGAUAGCCUCCAGGGUCUGAAAAUUCAACUGGAAGAGAAGAUUGAGGAGAAAUGCAACGAGAUUAAGCAGAUGCAAGUAGAAAAAGAGACGAUGCAGAUAAAAAUCGAAAACGAAGAGGCUCAGAAUUUAACUCUAACGGAAAAGGUAAAUACUCUUGUAAAUGAGUUGGACAGCUUGUCAUCUCAAAAGGCGGAAUCAGAUUUAGAAAUGCAUAAAACGGUUCAAGAAAUUGAGGGUCUGAGACACGAGCUAUUAGUUAAGACCGAGAUGGAAAAUCAGAAAGCUGAAGAGAUUUCCGCUCUUUCAAAGAAACUCGAGGACACUGAGAAGGAUGCUUCAUCAAGAGUUGAACUUCUAACAGCAGACGUCAACAGUCGACAAGAAGAGCUUGAAUCGUUGCAGAACCAGACAACAGGAUUGCGAUCUGAGCUGGAGGCAAAAGUCCAACAAAUUUCCGAACACAGAUCUGAGAUAGAAAUCUUGAAAGACGAGCUAUCUCGUAACACCUUACAUCAAGAAAAUCUGCUCAAGGAAAGAGACUUGGAAGUGGAGGGGCAAUUGGAAGGUAAAAGUAAUGAAAUGAAACAGAUAUUGACGGAGAAAGAGAGGUUGCAAGAUAGGAUCUACGAGUUGGAAGCAAAGAAUGCUGAAGCUUCUGUAAAGAUUUCAACUUUAGAGAAUGAGUUCGGUGCUUUAUCAGGUCAGAAAGCGGAAUCAGUCCUGCAGAUAGAGAAUCUGAAAAAUGAGUUACAGGGUAAGACUUUGGCUGAAGAAACAAGUCUGGAAGAAGUAAGAAACUUGACUGUGCGAGUAAAGGAUCUAGAGUUGGAGGCAGAGACAUUAACCAACCGAAAUCAUCACCUCGAAGAAGAAAUCAAGAAUCGAAGCGAUGAUAUUGGCCGAUUGAGAGAGGAAAUAGAGAGCGAGAAGGAACGUCUAAAGGCAAAAAUUUCCGAAACAGAGAGCACGAUAUAUGAAAGGGGCAUGGAAUUCUUCUCUCUCCAGAAGAAACAUGAAGACACGUCUGAUAAAAUCACAGCUUUAACCGAUCAAUUGGAAUUGCAGAUGGAGAUCUCUAGACGUGGAGAAGACCAGGCUGCAGAGUUAUUGAAUAAGAUCGUUGAAUUGGAGGAAAUAAUUGAGGAUAUGAGUAGAGAUUUGGAACACAAAGGAGAAGAACUGAGCAACAUUGAAGUGAAGUACCGUCUUUUAACUCAGAAACACAAGGUAACAGAUCAGCUGCUGGUGGAGAAGGAAGAAAGUCACAAGGCUAGAGUGGCGAAGCUUCUUGAAGAGCAACAAGUGGUGGAAGAAAAGAACGGUGAAUUAUCAUUGAGGAUAUCUGAGUAUAAGAAGACACAGGAGAAGAUAGUGGCGGAGAUAACGGCCGGAGCGAAGGGAACGAUGAGGGAUCUAGACAGAUUCACGAUAAAGUUCGAAGAAGAUUACGGGCAUUUGGAGAGUUGCGUAUACGAGAUCUUGAACGAGGUUCGGAUUGCAAAGAGGUGGGUGAAGGAGAGUAGAAGCGAGAAAGAGAGGCUGAUGAAGAAAGUGCAGGAGAAGGAAGAAGAGGGAUUAGCUGUGAAAUUGAAAGUUGAUGAGUUGGAGAAGAAGUUGAGGAGAUACGAGGAAGAGAACAGUAGUUUAAGGGUAAGAAUGGAAGGGCAGAUUGAGGAAUUUCGUAGGGAGAAAGAUGAAGGAAUGAUGGGGGUGGGGGAAGAGAAGAAGGAAGCAAUAAGGCAGCUGUGUAUAUCGAUCGAGUAUCAUCGGAGCAGAUGCGAUUACUUCAAGGAGAUGAUCUCUAAAAUGUCUGCCCGUGGCCGUGGAGGAGGAGGAAGAACUGCCAUUGCUGCUAGCUAGCUUAAGACUAGCCUCUGAGGCUUCUUUUCCAGGUAAAUUUUAACUUUGUUUACAUAUCAUGAUCAUCAACCACCACCGUAUAUUUAUUUUUGUUUCUGGAACCCUUGAUUUAUUUAUCUCCUCUCCAUUUGUAAUCUUCUUCUUCUUAUUCUUUAUUUAUUCAUGCAUGUAUUGUGAGUUUUUAGUACAACAGAUGAUUUAUCUUUUGUUAAUUAGUAAUUAGUUUCU